AUGCAGAAAGAAUCAGAGAUAAGCACACAAAGUGACGAAGAAUUCUCUCCAAAGCUACUUCUGACUCCUAAAUUAAAUGCAUCAACUGAUGAGGAGUAUCUUAAAGCAAUCCUUCUGUCUAGGCUUAUUCGGGAAAUAUUCUGUGCCUCUGGGCUAAGCAAGAUAAAGAUGCCUGCAGAGAACAAGCACCCAUUUAAGCCACACAUUCAGGUGCGCACUGUGAGAAUUCGAACAAAGUCCCAUGAGAAGAUAGGGGCCUGGGCUGUUCAUAACACAGAAAAGCCAGUGAACCAUUGGGCGCUUGUCUUACACGGCAACUCCACUAAUAGAAACACUUUUUCGCAGGUAUACAACAUCGAAUCCCUUAUAGAAGAUGGUAUUGGUGCGCUUAUAAUAGAUUACAGAGGGUUUGGUGAUUCUGAGGGAUCACCUAGCAAAAGUGCAUUUAUUGAAGAUGUCUCUGCAAGUAUAAAAUACUUUAAAAAGAAAGGAAUCUUUUCCAUCUCCAUAAUAGCAUACUCCUUGGGAACAGCUAUUGCUCUUGAAUAUCUGGUUCAGUACGCACAGAAAAAAAGCUCUGUGGUUAUUAAUAGGCUGGUUUUAGUGAGCCCGUUUAGCUCUACCAUAUCCCUGCUUAGAGAGUAUACGCUUUGGAAUAUUAUUGAGUCUGUCAUUCCCAAAAGUAAAAGCUAUGCACUGCAUGGCCUUGGGUACAACUCUUUGGAAAACAUUAAGAAAAUUGAUAUUGAAACACUUAUUAUACACGGCGGCGCAGACUGGCUCAUCCCAUACACGCACGGCGAAAGACUGGCCAGGAGUGGAAAGGCCACUUUUUUGAAGAUAGAAGAUGAAACACACAGCACAAUAUUCAAAAAUUCUGUUACAUGGAAAACAAUCGCUCGCUUUAUUAGGAUGUAACAUGCACUUUGUAUGGAAUUCCUCUGCCUUGGAUAAUAAAUGCAUAAUAUAUAUGCUGGCAAAAAAUAAACGAGAAUUCAUUGUCUGUUUAAUAAAUACUACCUCUAUACGGA